CACGAUUUAAAAAAAAAAAAAAAAAAAAAAAAACCUGUGCUCACAUUUAACACUCAUCGAUGAUGCGUAAUAAUAUGCCCAUUUACCUCCCCAUUCCGAAACAACAAAGUGCCAUUCGCACUUGAACAAUCCGUGCCUCCCAAAAUGUGCCACUAUGAAACACACGCAAUUGAAACGGAAAGAGGGUCGAUAAACGUGUACUUUGAAAAGCAAAGCAAAUUGUAUUGCUUGCUCCACACUGCGAACAAUAUUUUACAGGCACAUGUAUACUCCCCCGACGAUUUUAAAGACGCCGAAAGUAUGCUGGAGUAUGCCGCUGUUGGGGAUACCACGUUAAGCGGUGACCAGGGAGAUACUACAGGGAGGAGCCACACUGAUGAGAUUAGCAAAAAGGGUUGCACCGCCGAAGAUGGCAACCGUGGUAAUAGGCAACCCCCCCAUGUCAGAGCGAAGGAAGCGCUAAACUGCAAUAACGUCCUCACGUACAUCAAAAGAGGCGUCCACUAUUUUGGAAAUUUCAACAUCAACAUUUUGUACUUGUUCAUGAACAAGCACAAUAUUGAGCUGCACUGGGUUGAUAACAAGGAGAUAUUUCGCAAAAUAAAUGACAGCAGAGGAAGUGCCUGUUCCCCACUCUUCGAUGACAGCCAGUUAAAUGACAAAAAGCUAAUCGCAUUCGUGGUGAACAUCGUUCGGGUGAACCUUUUCGAUUUCUACCACCACCGGCAUUUUUACGCCAUAAGGAAAAUCUCAGGGAUGUGGUUCCAGCUGGAUUCCUCGCUGAGUAAACCCGUUUUGCUACCCACAAAUGAAGACUUAAACAAUCACUUAAUGAACAUAGUAAAGGAUAACAAAUUUCACAAAUCUGAUAAUUACAUCAUACAAGUUUUUAAGAGGGAGAAGAAUCAUCCCAAAUAAUUUGGCCAUAAACACUGUGCAUGCAUGAAACAGCUU